AUGGAUGAUCAUGCUUUAGAUCCAACUUGUGUUUUGAAAGUGAAGAUCAAUUGUUGUAAGGUAUGCCCUGGAAAAUUGAAGAAGGGGUUAUUGAAAAUCAAUGGGGUUUAUUCGGUUUCGGUAGACACAGAAAAGAACUUGGUCUCUGUUAAAGGCAAGGUAGACCCUAGGAUGCUCAUUAAGACGAUAGCUAAAAUGGGAAAAAAUGCAGAACUUGAGUCCUACAACAAGGAGCCCAUGAAUGACAAUAACAAUGGCGAGGGACAUUUCGAGAACACACAAACUGGCCCAGACAAAUGUUCAGAUAAAGAAAAAUGUGCUGCCAAUGACAACGAUAAUGUUCGUCAUAGGAGAACAGACCUAGAUCAAGGUUGUUGUGUUCAUGAGGAUGCUUUUGUUGGUCAUAAGGUUGAAGAUUAUGUGCCACCCCCAAGAGAUAGAGAGUUUGAUGAUCAUAUAUGCAGGGAUCCUUAUUGCAGACUCCAUAGUAGAAGUCAUAUCAUUCGUGACCGGGUGCCUCCAAGGGACACUGCAGGGAUGUUUUGGCAUCACUCACACAAUAACAGCCAUGGCUAUGGUGGUCGGUAUCCCCAGAGAAGCCCAUGUUACCCGGGAUGGUUUAGGGAGGAACUGCAUUCAUAUGGUCAUUAUAAUACAAGGAUGCCACCACCUGCAUAUGGUUAUCAUCAGCCAAGGCCUAUGCCGGGGCCUGACAACUUCUCCCAUUUCUUCAGUGAUGAGAACACUAGAGGCUGCACUAUAAUGUGA